UUUGGAAGCGAUUGUGCAUGUAUACUCGGGAUGGGUAAUUGCUAUAGCAAGAUGCCUACUAAGGAGUUGAAAGAUAAAAUAAGAGCGAGGAGGAGUAUCUUUGAGGAUAAACGACGACCAACAAGGCUCAUAAAAAAGGCGAUAAAAAAUAUCGUUCGUUAUAUUAAAAAGAAGAGGAGAAACAGUAAAGAUUUAAUGAAUCGUUUCGUGACAAGGGCGACAGAGAUCGGUCGAUUGACAAGAAAACAACUGAAAAAGACUUUCUGUUGUUGCUUGUAUUGGGAAAUAUGUGAUAUUGAAUAUUACGAGGAUUUUGACGAUUUGUUCGACCCGCCGACGCCUUCAUGCCUCCGGGAUAAAUUUUAUGAUUUAUUCAACGUGCCGGGGCCUUCAUGCCACGAUGGAGAUUGGCAGUAUGUGACUCUAUUCACUCCAGGAAUUUGCCCCAAUCCACUCUCUGCAGAUGACGACGAGAUCAUUUCUCGCCAUCCUUCUCCGCGACCAUUUGGAGCUUACGUGGAACAGAAAGAACUCUUGGACUGGUUUGAAAAAAUUGAACAUCAAGCUUCAGUGAAAGAAAUAGAAUGGGAGAUCAAAUGGAAACUACCUUUUUACGGACCCGAAGAUUCGUAUGUGCAUACUUAUCGGGUCGAGGAGAAGCAAGGAGACAAAGAAAGAGAGCAAGUAUUUGAAAUUUAA